AUGACAGAAGAUAUAAUAUCUUUAUCUAUAGAUAUAGAUAAAUAUAAAGAAUUGAUUAGUAUUGGUUUAAAAUCAAUACUAUCACUAUCAACAUCAACAUUUAUACUAUUCUAUGAAAUAUUACCAAAUAAUCCUAAUAAAAGGAUUGAAACAUUUUAUAAAAAGGGUAUUGAAAAGAUUAUGAUGGUUUAUAAUGAAAUGGAAACAAAUAAUAGAAUAACGAUAACUCAAGAUAUCAAAGAGAUGGCAGUAUUUGCUGAAAAGUCAAACAAGUUGUGUAAAAGAUUGGCUCAUAGAGGUGUAGUAGUGAUGUUGUUGAGAAUUAUGGCUGGUGCAGAGGGAAUAUGGAACAAUCGUAUUAGUCAUCGAUCACCUCUAUCUAAACUAGCCACCCAUCAUUUAUAUACUCGUUUUGAAAAAGAUAAUAUAAUGAUGGAUUGUAUUAAUUUAUUAAAUCAUAUUUUACCCUAUGUAAAAGAUGAUAUACCUUUUGAUUUAUUGUAUCGAAUCAUUUAUUCUAAUUCAUUAUCACCAACAAGUUAUAGAUUGACAUGUGUAGUAUUGAGAACAAUGACAUUGAAACCUGAAACCAUUCAACCAUUUAUCAAAGUUGGUAUGAUUAGAAUGGUUAGAUUUUAUUUAGACAAUCAAUUCAAAUCAGAGUAUUCACAAUUGGAAGAUUAUUGGUUACAAAUUACCAAAAUAAUAUACAAAGAUAAGGAAUAUUAUAAACAUCAUUUUAAAUCAUCAGUACAAGAUCAAUCAUUUAUAGAUGAAUACUAUGAAAAUGGAAGAUUUAAAUUAUGGAUUCUUCCAACAAAAGAAUUACGUGUACCACCUCAUAAUAUGUUAUUUACAAUCAUUUCUGGUGGUAUUGGAUAUUAUACAGGUUGGUUAAAUACAACUGCAUUAUUUGUUGGUAACAUCUAUUCGCAUAAUCUAUUUUCAAAUACUAUCCUUGGACGAUUAGAUUCAACCUUGGCUAAAUACCUUUUUUGUUCAUUCUAUGCAUCAUCAUUGAUGUUAUACUAUAUAUUCCUUCUUCCAACCAAAGGAAAGAUUUUUUACAUUGUUUCCACUCUAAUAUCAGCAGUCAUUUCUAGUUAUCAAGACACUCUAGUAUCUCGUUUAAAAGCAAAUGGUCGUCUUUACAAAUCUUUUCAACAACUUUAUCAAACGCCUCAUCAAAAUGAUGAUUUAUUUUUUGAAAAUAAUCAUACAAUGAUUAUUAAUAAUAAAUCUGAUAUUUUAGAUUAUCAAUUUUAA